AAAAAAACAUUGUUCAAUUUAUAAAUCAACUUAGAUUAUCGCACCAGCAGCGCAGCGUGCGCGAGUGAGAAUAACGUAUUAGUCCGGACUUCGUGUUUCUAUAUUUCGUUUCGGUGGCUGUAUUGCAUUUUUGCCAUACGAAUCGUUCAUUUUCAACGGAAUCAAAAUGGGUAGCGUCGAAGAGAUCUACGAGAAUGAAAUACACCGUACUAUCACGCGGCGUACGAGCUUCAAAAUUCAGGAGACGUCGUCGAAAAAGACCACCACCAUGACCACCGCCCCGGCCAAGCUGUACGGCAAGAACUUGAGUGAAUAUGACGAGCUCGACGUAGACCAACUGCUCUCUCAAUUGUCACCCGAAGAGAUCAGCAUUUUGGCUAAAGAAGUCGAUCCAGACGACAACUUAUUACCACCAUCAGAGCGUUGUAGUUAUGAAUGUAACAAAGAAGCCACCGGACCAUUAAACAGAAAAAAAUUGAUUGAGCAUAUUAACAAACAGGCUCUUGAAACCCCUGAUCUACCAGAAAUUAAACCAUAUGUUGCUGGAACUGUACGAGGGAAAAAGUGGGUGGCACCUGAAACCAAUGGUAACACUGAACAUGAAGAUAAAAUUGCAAUUGAUCUUGAUGAUGAAUAUGGUGAUGCAUUGAAUACCGCGUCACAAGAAGAAAUCAUCGAUUUGGCUGCUAUACUAGGAUUCCAUUCAAUGAUGAAUCAAGAUCAAUAUCAUGCCUCACUAUUGAAUAAAGGUCAGCCAGUUGGCUUAGGAUGGGAUGGUGUUACAAAGGCAACGCAGCCUAAGGUUUAUCCACCAGAGCCACCCAAUCAAACAGAUCCAGAUGAGAGUAUUAAACGAGUACUUGAUGAUGAUUCUAAGCUACUUGAUCUCAAUUGGAACAACAUUAAAAAUAUUUCUGAUGAAAAGUUUGAGAAUCUAUUCAAAGCUUUAGUGGAAAAUACUCAUUUAGAAACAUUAAGUUUGGUAAAUGUUGGACUCACUGAUCGGUUAGCAGGCAAGCUAGCUGAAGCGUUAGAAAAAAAUUGCACAUUACGUGUUUGCAAUGUGGAAACAAAUUUCAUUAGCCCCGUAGGAAUAGUCCAUUUAGUCAAGUCCUUAUUGAAGCAGAGGUCUUUAGAAGAAUUCCGUGCCACCAACCAGAGAUCCCAAGUAUUGGGAAAUAAGAUAGAAAUGGAACUUACCAAAUUGAUUGAACAAAAUCCAACCAUUCUUAGAUUGGGCUUACAUUUGGAAUACAAUGAUGCUCGUCAUCGUAUUGCAUCACAUUUACAACGCAAUAUUGACAGGAUAAGAAAAGACACGCCGUUGAAAAUGAAAUUUAGGUUCUUUAGAAAAACACCCCAGAAGCACCGCAAGAACUUGAUCAAAUAAAUGAUCGGCGGAUUACAUUAUUGAGUACGCCAGAGCCGUGUGGGCGCAAACUCCGCAUAAAUUACAUAUUUUGGCUACGUACACUAUUUAGGCCGCUUACGCAGAACUGGUCACUUUGCGCGUACGUACACUGGCGGUUGGGUUGUACACAAAAAGGCUAAAUAAAUACGAGUUUGUGCCUAGACCUUGGUCCUAGACUCUUAUUUUUAAGUAUUUAAUUAUAUACUAUAUUUAUAUAAUGUAUUGUUUUUUUUCUCCUCAUUAAUUGUUCAAACAAUUUGUAUAUAUAUUUAUGUUGUGGUCUAAUACUGGCCUUUUCAUAUGCGUUUAGUUCUUAGUGCAUGUGUGUGACAAUUAUAUUGAUUUGAAUUUUUAAACAUAAAAUUGUAUUUAUUAAUAUAAUUGAGUUAAACAAAUUUAUUAUAUAAAAAGAAAUUUUAUCUUGUUAAAUUGCACAAUUUUUAUUUUGUGCGUAUUGUUUUAAAAAAAUUAUAUAUUUUUUACUAUUGAGUUGUUCAUACAUAAUUAAGUAGUACCUAGAAAGACUAAUUAAAACAAAUAGCAUAACCCUAAUUUGAUUUUGUAUCGCUAAACAUUUAUAGUUAUUUUAUUAAGGUUAUUAUGUAUUUUUACACUGAUACUAUUUCACUUUUAAUUGCAUUAAAUGCCUUUAAUUGUAAACAAUUUUACUACACCAAAUUUUGCCAUACUAUUUUUAUAAACUGAUUAUUUUGUAUUAAUGUUGCUGUUGUGUUGCGACUACAUUAUUUUAAUACGAUGAUCACUUAUUAUACUCACUUAAAAUAUAUAGUAAUAUAUAACGCA